ACUCUUCUGGGAAGGCUCUCCACUAGAUUUUGGAGCGUGGCUGUGGGGAUUUGUGUUCAUUCAGCCACAAGAGCAUUAGUGAGAUCAGGCGCUGAUGUUACAGUAGAUGAGGAGGUCUGGGGUGCAGUCGGUGUUCCAGUUCAUCCCAAAGGUGUUCAGUGGGGUUGAGGUCAGGGAUCUGUGCAGGACACUCGAGUUCUUCCACUCCAACCUUCUCAAACCAUGUCUUCAUGGAGCUCGCUUUGUGCACAGGAUCAUUGUCAUGCUGAAACAGGUUUGGGCCUCUUAGUUGCAGUGAAGGAAAAUUGUAAUGCUACAGCAUACAAAGACAUUCUAUACAAUUGUGUGCUUCCAACUUUUUGGCAACAGUUUGGAGAAGAACCACAUGUGAGUGUGAUGGUCGGGUGUCCACAAACUUUUGGCCAUAUACAUUGAACAUUGGUACACAAAGCAUAAGAUUUUGAACAAUGAAAAUAACAAUCUGCUCUGACUCAUUGGAGUAACAGAAGACAUUAACACACAAUGUUCUUGGUGAUGGCAGGUUAUGAGAUGUUGAACACACUUUGAGAUCUGCUGAACUGUUUGAAUCAUACGAUAUUUACAGUAAAUGUGUUAGUAGAUCACCAUAUCCUAUCUCUCUGAUGACUGAUUGAUUCAACCACUGACCUUUAUUCAACCUUCACACACCAUGUCUUCAUGGAGCUCGCUUUGUGCACAGGGACAUUGUCAUGUCCCUGUCCCGGUUUGGGCCUCUUAGUUCCAGUGAAGGGAAACUGUAAUGCUACAGCAUACAAAGACAUUCUAUACAAUUGUGUGUUUUCAUUUUUUCACUGGAGAAGGUCCACAUGUGGGUGUGAUGGUCAGAUGACCACAAACCAUAUAGUGUUGCGGCUCCUUUAAGAAACAGUGGCUUUCCAGCUGCACGCGUCUCCAUGGCAACGGCUACAGAAACGAAGCGAGCUCCGGAUGAAGGAAAGUCAAACUGCAGGAGAUUUCACUUUAUUUCAACUUCAACCAACUGCACAAUGUCAGUAUGAAGGCUUAAAUAAAGGAAUGUCGAUACCUGGAAUGUCGAUAGAAGUGUAAAGCUAUAGAAACUGAGGAAUAACUUUGUAGAGUCGUUACAACCUGCGCUAGUUAGUUAGCUAAAGCUGCUAACAGCUAACGCUCUGGAGACUGUUUAUCCAGCUGAGACAAGACAUAAAUCUUUCAUCAGAAGUUCUUUUCUGCUUUAAGCACAACUGUUUUCACAGCCUAAACCUAACAGAAGUGACAGCAUGAACCUGACGGAAGUGGAAGAGCACAUCACAGUGAAGUAUGAAAUCAAGAGGAGACUCGGGAAAGGGGCAUAUGGAAUCGUAUGGAAAGCAGUGGACAGGAAGACCGGAGAGACAGUGGCUGUGAAAAAAAUAUUUGAUGCCUUUAGAAAUAGAACUGAUGCUCAGAGAACAUUCAGAGAAAUCAUGUUUCUUCAGGAGUUUGGGGAUCAUCCCAACAUCAUCAAGUUGCUCAACGUCAUCCGAGCCCAGAACGAUAAAGAUAUUUACUUGGUGUUUGAGUACAUGGAUACCGAUCUGCAUGCUGUUAUUAAGAAAGGCAGCCUUUUGAAGGACAUUCAUAAACGCUAUAUCAUGCACCAGCUUCUCAAAGCCACCAAAUACUUACACUCAGGGAACGUUAUCCACAGGGACCAGAAGCCCUCGAAUAUACUACUAGAUGCAGACUGCUUUGUCAAACUAUGUGAUUUCGGCUUGGCGCGCUCCCUCUCCCAGAUGCAAGAGGAUGCUGUGAAUCCUGCCUUAACAGAAUAUGUGGCAACACGGUGGUACCGUGCUCCUGAAAUUCUCCUUGGCUCCACUAGGUACACGAAAGGGGUGGACAUGUGGAGUGUGGGCUGCAUUCUGGGCGAGAUGUUGCUGGGCAAGCCGCUUUUUCCUGGAACCUCUACCAUGAAUCAGAUCGAGAAAAUUAUGAGUGCUAUUCCACAUCCUAUGCCAGAAGACAUUGUGGCCAUCAGGUCAGAGUAUGGAGCAUCUGUAAUUCAGAGAAUGCUGCUUAGGCCGCAGGUGCCGUUAGGGGAUUUAAUGCAGCCUUCAGUGCCACCUGAUGCUCUUGAUCUGCUACAACGCCUGCUUGUCUUUAAUCCUGAUAAACGUUUAACUGCAGAGGAGGCUCUCCAGCACUCUUAUGUGGCCAAGUUUCAUAACCCAUCCAGGGAACCUAGUCUGGACUAUGAAGUUAUUCUACCUGUGGAUGACGAUAUCCAGCUCUCUGUGACUCAAUACAGAAACAAACUCUAUGAGAUGAUUCUGGAGAAACGGGCCUCUCGCCAAAUGGCAAGAAAAGCUCAUCUGAAGCAGAAAGCUGAGGAAAAGCCUGGGAGAGAUGUUGGGGAAGAUGAACGGGAUAAAGCAAAUGUAAAUGAUAAAGAGUGUAAGAAAGCUGAGAGAAAGGAGGGGGAAGGGGAUGGUGAAAAGAAAUUGUUGCAACACAACAAAGACCAACCAGGAGCAGGAUCAGUCACUGCCAAGCCUGUCUCCAUACAAGAUCAAACACAACUAGCCGUCGGGAAAAGCAGUCCAUCUGCAAACGGCAACAUGACCAAGACAUCUUACAACCCAAUCACACAUGUGUCCAAUGAUGUGGCCAGACCAUCCAGUAAUCCUUCAGUGGCUGCUCAGCAUCAACAUAACCGAUUUGGCAGAAAGGUGGUGCAGCAGUCUCAGAACAACGACAGCAGUAGCAUCUUGCCUGUACAGGCAUCUAACAAGGGUGUAGAGCAGAGUCAUCAGCGUGGACAAUCAGCCCCUCUGGGAGGCACCCGCUCCUUCUCCCUCACUCUCUUACAGCCGCAGAAUAACGCUCUCUUUCGCAAGGAAGAACCCGUCCUGACGCCAGGCCUGUGUGUCACUGUCACUUCUGCACGGCUGGAGACCCUCGAGCCAAACUGGGCAGCUACUCUCAGGCCUAUGGAACCAUCACCAGAACAGAGCUGAACAACCUGCUUAAGGGUCACCAGCCACUAUAGACUGUUUGAUUGAAUAUGUAAAUACAUUUAUAUGAAACAAGACAUACUGCAUGUAGGAUGAUGUGAAAUGUCACUGAAUUUUGAUAUGGACGAUAUGAAUACUGUCAUGAAAAUUAAAAUGUAGCUCUUCCUGGACUAGCCAGAUUGAACUUUGUACAGAAAAAUGAACUUCUUGCAAUAAAUGUUACUUGUAAACAUCUUGAGCAUGUGGAUGCUUUAAAGUACAAAGGCUUCAUACAAAGGCUUGUCACUGUGAUGGUACCUUCGAACU